CCGGGCGCAAAGUGUGAUAAAGAUCGGAUUUUUUUUUUGCGUCAUUUCUUGGAUCUCGACUUUUCGUGUCUUAAUUAGUACUUGCUGAUUGCCGUUCUUGGUGCUUUUGCGACGAAUUGUUCUUCCCUUUUCUGCUUUUUGCUGCAAGAAAGUGCGAUUCACAACGUCGAUUGAUUUAAUUGCAUGGGAAUUUGAAUUCUUGCCGGCGUGUUUAAUGGCUGCCAUUCUGUGUGGUGGAUUCUGGAGGUCGAACGGAGAUGGAGAUCGACGGUGAAGAAUUAUGGAUGAAUUAGGAUUUUUAGGUUAGGGAGGAAGACGACGUACAAUGCCUGCGCUUUGGGGUGCUUUGAAGAAAUCCGUGCAGUGCAGAGCCGAUCCGAGGGAUGUUUCUGUUCCGACCGGCGACGGCGAUCGAGCUGAGGACCUCAAUAGAAUCGCGACAAAGAGAGGCGGAGGCGGCGGCGACGACCGGUGCGGUUGUUCGAGGUCGAUUGCCAAUUUGAAAGACGCGGUGAUCCAUGGAAGCAAGCGCCACACAGAGAAGCCUCCGGCGUGCAGCCCCAGAUCCAUUCGAAGCAGCGAGCUACUCAAUCCGAUUACACACGAGGUCGUGCUCGAUAAUUCCACCUGUGAGCUCAAAAUUAGCACCGGUUUCAAGGACGGCUGCGCCGUCGCCGGCGAUUGCGAUGAUGAUAUUUCUGACUUUGUUGGAGUGCUGAAGCCCGGCACUCCAGGCCCCGGCCGGUUCCCCGUCGGACGAGGAUACCGGCGGUCCGGCAUCUUGGGCAGUCCGAUGCGGCGGACGUCGAGCAGCCUCUCCCGGAGAAGCCCUGGAUUCGGCGGCCUUUCCGCCAGGCCAAGAUCAUCCUCCAGAUCAUCGGAUUCCUUCGGAGCCCUGAUCUGCCAUAAAUGCGGUGAUCAAUUUGUCAGAUGGGAAGCCGUCGAAGAGCAUCAUCUCUCCAAACACGCUGUGACGGAGCUAGUCGAAGGCGAUUCAUCGAGAAAGAUCGUGGAGAUAAUCUGCCGAGCAAGCUGUGGCCGGAGCAGCAGCAACGGCAACGACAGCCAGUGCAGUGGAAUCGACAGGAUCCUUAAAGUCCACAACAUGCAGAAAACAAUAGCUCAAUUCGAGGAGCACCGCGAGCUCGUGAAGAUCAAAGCCAGCAAGCUCCCAAAGAAGCAUCCGCGCUGCCUGGCCGAUGGCAACGAGCUGCUGAGGUUCCACGGCUCGACUCUCGAAUGCUCUCUCGGCACAAAGGCCUCAUCAAGUCUCUGCAAGUCGGACACCUGCCGAGUCUGCAGGAUUCUGCAGCACGGGUUCUCGACCAAGAAGGAGUUCACCAAUGGGAUCGGCGUCUUCACAGCUGCAACAAGCAGCAAAGCGUUGGAAUCGAUCGAAUCGCCGGAGUCCGGCGACUCGUCAAUACGAAAGGCUUUGAUCGUGUGCAGAGUGAUAGCCGGGAGAGUCCAUAGGCCGGUCGAGAAUGUGCAGGAGAUGGUUGGGCAGUCGGGAUUCGAUUCGUUGGCAGGGAAAGUGGGAGUGCACUCCAACAUUGAGGAGCUCUAUUUGCUGAGCCCCAGGGCACUGCUUCCCUGUUUUGUGGUCAUUUACAGGCCUUGAAAUUGCUUCGGUCUUCUUCUUCUUCUUCUUCUUCUUCUUCCAUGGAGGUAUCAUAUGAGUAGGUAUGUGUAUGUAUGGACGUAUACACUGUUUGCUUGGCAGUAAUUGUCGGUAUUUAUUUGCAGGGGAAGCUACACUGUAAAAAAAAAAACAAAAAAGAAAAAGCACAGGGGAUUAAUUAAUGAAAUCAGAAAUGUAGAAGAAGAUUCAUUGGGAAUUUGGAGGCUAAUGUUGGGCUGGGCUUAUUGGGCCUUAUUAUUUUAUGUUUAGAAAUUGGGCGUUUUGAUGCAAUUGGGAGGAAGCACGUGCGGCGUUCGUGGCCAGAUCAAGCAACAAAGUGCGAUGAUUUCUCGUCAGUCAGUCACAUUGAUUGAGGAAUUUGAAAUUUCUUGAUUUGACUAGAGUCUAAUUUUAUUUUAUUUUAUACUUUCAGUUGUGACUGAUAAUUGAACAUCUUCCAGUGAAGCUCUCUUUGUAUACUACAAUCUAAAUAAAGAAAAAUUUAAAAGGA